UUGCUUAUAUUUCGUUUUGUACUUGGGAAAAUUUUUUUUUUGUGAUUUUUAUCAUCAACAAUUAAAUUAUCAUUUUACAAAUUACCAAUGCUUUUGACAUCCAAUCAAUACACAUGAUGAACGAACAGUCGCAUGCAAAUGACCCGACCGUCCGUAUCCUACUCGUCGGUGAACGUGAGGUGGGCAAAACAUCGAUGAUUUAUUCGCUCGUGUUCGAAGAAUUCGAUGAAGAAGUACCAGCCAAAUUUGAAGAGAUCACCAUUCCGGCUGAAGUUACACCGGUCAACAUACCGACCGUAAUCGUCGAUUAUUCCGCACAAGAGCAAUCGGAAAAAGAAUUGUAUGAAGAACUUCGUCGUGCAAGCGUUAUUUGUAUUGUGUAUGCAAUCGAUAACGAAAUGACCAUUGAUAAGAUAUCCACAUAUUGGUUGCCACUCAUCCAUCAAAAUUUGGGAGAAAAUCACAACGUACCGGUCAUUCUGGUGGGCAACAAAUCCGAUCUAGUCGAAUACAGUUCAAUAGAUACAGUGUUGCCACUUAUGAACCAAUAUAAAGAAAUUGAAAUCUGUGUCGAGUGUUCAGCCAAAAAUCUGGACAAUCUAUCAGAGAUUUUCUAUUACGCUCAGAAGACAGUACUAUAUCCGGUCACACCAAUCUAUUACCCAGAAGAACGAGAUCUAUCUGAUAAUUGUAAAAUUGCCCUGAAACGGAUAUUCACCAUUUGUGAUCUGGACAAUGAUGGCGUCCUUAAUGAUCUUGAAUUGAACAAUUUUCAAACUUAUUGUUUUGAUUCGUAUCUGUUAAGUCAGACGCUUGAUGAUGUCAAAUACAUUCUGAAAAGUAUCAUUCCGGACGGUGUAUCCGAAAAUGGAAUCACACUGUCUGGUUUUAUGUUCCUGCUCACAUUUUUCAUUCAACGUGGCCGCCAUGAACUCAUCUGGAUUGUGCUUCGUAAAUUUGGCUACAACAACAGCGUGACCCUCGAUGACCAUUACCUUUAUCCGAGCUUGACUUUGCCGACAGAAUGUUUUAUCGAACUAUCACCUAAAGGCUAUCAAUUUUUUACAAAUUUGUUCCACAAAUACGAUAAAGACAACGAUGGUGCGCUUUCACCUGGCGAGAUAGCUGCCAUGUUUUCCAUUUGCGAUGAACCUCCCAAGUGGCUACAAUGUGACUUUACCAAGAUCGUACAUACAAACGAACGUGGAUGGAUUACGUUACAGGGAUUUCUUUCCAUUUGGACGUUGACCGGAUUUAUCGAUCUUAAACAGACGCUCAAAUAUCUCAGCCUAUUUGGGUAUAUGUUUGUAUCAGGCGAGAAAAGCCAAAUAUCCGCACUGCAUAUAAUCAAAGACAGACGAAUGGAUACGUACGAGAAACAGACCGCUCGUAAUGUUUUCCUCUGUAAUUUGGUUGGUCCUAAAGGUGCUGGUAAAAGUUGUUUCAUGAGUCGUUUCAUAAACAAACAGCAAAAGUUUGCUAAUCUUAGUCAACGAUCAGUGAAAAAGUCGGACAAUCUAUAUAAUGAUUAUGUCAUCAAUACAAUCACCGUUUAUGGACAGAAUAAAUAUCUAAUCAUUCGUGAAAUUGAUGUUGUUAACGUGAACACAUUAGUCAAAGCGCCCGAAUUGUUCUGUGAUGUUUGUUGUAUGAUGUUCGAUCAAUCGGACAGCUCUUCCUUUCAAGUGAUUGCCAAGACUUACAUGAAAAACUUCCACAACACCAAGCUUCCUGUUCUGUUGGUUGCCUCAAAAAAAGACCUGGCGCAAGUAAAACAGAAUUAUCCACAGCAACCGGAAGAGUUUUGCCUGACCAACAAACUAACUCCGUUGCAUAAAUUUUCGGCCGUCAAUGAAAUCGACACAUCCGAAUCAUCAAUGGCUACAGCACAUGGAACGCUCGCAGUGUAUGAAAAACUGGUGACAAUGGCCGCUUAUCCAAAUCUGAAUAAGCUAGUCCAUCUGUUACUGGUCAAACCGGCCAACUCUUGGAUAGCUCGUAACAUGGGCAUUAUCCAUCGAUGUCUACCACAGGAUAGGGCAAUGUUACAAGUGGCCGGAAUCGGAUUUGCAACACUUGCAUUGAUUGGUGUUUUUAUAGUUCGUUAUCUACGUUCAAACAUUCAACAUCAUCCACAUUGACAGUGAUCAUUAUUAUUAUUAUUGUAAAUCAUUCAUAAUGUAGAAUAAACCUAUGCAGAAGAAUUGUUCAUCCAAAAAUCGAUAAGCAUUAAAUUUAAAAUCAUAUAUACUUUGUACUUAUUAAAUUUCUGAAAUAAAUUAUCAUCAUUGUUAACAA